AUGAAAUUGAAACUGAUCAUAAAUGCAUUAGAAGCGCCAGAUGAUUAUAAAUUACUAAGAACGACAAUAUCUACAGUUGCAUCGUUACGAAAGACAGCAAUUCUACGUUUUACAGAGGAGAAAUUGGUUAUCAUAUCAUCACCUCAAAUAGCAGCAAAUGCUUCAAAUAAUAAUGCUGUAUUAACGGGAGAUUCUGGUCAGCUUUGGUGCAGUAUUCCACGUGAUGUGUUUAGCUUCUAUCAAGUUGUAUCUACACGUGAACAGAACACUAUUACUCUAGAGUAUAGUUGUGAUUCAUUUCUGAGUGUACUGAAGAGGUAUGAUCGAGCUAUGAACCAAGGUUCGAUAUCUGAUAUGAGUAUAAAAUUACAAGCUAUGCCAGAGUGGAACCCACCCAACGAAUCUGCCACAAGCAAUGGAACAGCGCGUCCAAAACAAGGGUUCGUGUGUGCACUAGGGAUAUCAUUCGAAGAGAUUGUGCAUACCAAUAAUGCUGCCGUUGGUAAUGAACCCAAUGAUAUAGAUGAUGGAUUAGGUAUGAUUGCAAAGUCCACGGUGAUGGGCAAUAAUAGGCUUAUCUUACAUUCCUUUAAGAUCCCUGUCAAACUAUUGGUUAGAAGUCAAGAUGCACGGAUCAAAGAACCCACUAUUAAUUCAGAGCAGUUAAUUAUGUUUAAACUACCACCGACUUCUAGCGAAUUAGGUGGUUCUUUCCAUAACUUCAUGAAAAGAAUCGAGCGUUAUAGCAAUUUGCAUGACAUAAAGUUGAGCGCUAUAAAGAAGAAUCAAAGGAACAUCAACGAUGCAGAUGCAAUAAAAUUCAAGAUGAUAGUUGAUGAACUAGAUUGGUAUUUGGAAAUAUGUUGGAAUGGACCAUUGGAUCCAAUUUUUCCUCAUGAUCCAGAAUCUGAAAAAUUGAAUCAAGGUGAAACGGCCCAGAACUCACAUCCCAUUUACGCAGAACAUGAUACUUUCGAAAGUGCUCCCUCUGAACCAUUGCCUUCAAGAAGUUACGCUGAGGAGGAAUAUUAUCCUUCUAGAAUAGAAGAUAGUGAGACGAGCUGCACCACGAAUAAUUCCACUAUGCGUGAAGAAAGUGCGACAGAAAAUGGCAGAGGAGCGCAACUAGCAGACGUCUCGACAAUGGUCGAGCUUGCAGAACAAGAGAGUUCUUCCACGUAUGAGGUUAAAAUACGAAGCAAGGAUUGGAAAGUUUGUUCUAAGCUAUAUGUGGCAUUUCAAGAAGUCUCGCUCCUAGUGUCACACAAUGACUCUUGCGUUUUCCAUUGUUCGCUAGACAGAGGGAGUAUAGACGACAGCAAUGGUGAUGAGAUUGAUAGAGAAAAGGGUCACAUUAUAUACUACAUUGCUAGGUCAAAGGCCUUAUAA